AUGUUAAGAUCUACAAUAAUAAAAAGAAACCCGUUAUUGGCUUCAAGUAAUACCACUGUCACACCAAUUAUUUUGUCCACUGCUAGAUCCUUUCACUACAGUAAUGUCAAUUUUAAUGAUAAACCGCCAUCAUCAGACUCCCCAAUGAAGGUGUUUUUUGACACUUUCAAGAGUGAGGUUAAGAAAUCUAAUGAAUUAAAAGAAAACAUUAAAGCUUUACAGGAUGAGUCCGGUAGAAUGGCUGAAUCUGAAGCUUUCAAGAAGGCUAAAGAAGCUUAUGCCAAGGCACAGUUGGGAAGUACUGCGGCUGGUAAAGUUUUGAAAAAAGGGGCCGAAACCGUUGGUGAUGUUGCAUAUAAAGCUUGGGAAUCUCCAGUUGGUAAAGGUGUCAGAACUGGUGUUAGAGUUACUGCUGACGUUGCCGACAAGGCAUUUGAACCAGUUAGAAAAACCCAAGUGUAUAAGGAUGUCUCUGAAGUCAUUGAUGAUGGAUCUUCAACUGCAUAUGGUGGGUUUUUAACCAAGGAACAAAGAGAAGCUUUGAGAAAGAAAGAGUUGGAAAGAAAGAAAAAACUUGGUUAUCAAGGACCAGUUAGAGAAAAUGAAGAAGCUGGUGGAGCUUUGAUUGCCACUGAACAUAAAGCCACUGGUCCAACAAUGGGUGAGAAAUGGGAAAACUUCAAAUUGAAAUCACCAGUUGGACGUGGAGUUGCUUACUUGCAAGAGAAAUGGGAAGAAUCAGAAAACGGUUUAAUUGCAUUAAUCCGUACCAUCAUUGAAAAAGUCACUGGUUUCUUUUCCGAGACCGAGCAAGCUAAAGUUGUUAAACAAUUGAAAUUAAUGGACCCAUCAUUUAGACUUACUGAUUUCCAAAGAACAUUGACCAACUACAUUGUUCCAGAGGUUGUGGAUGCUUAUGUUAAAAAUGAUGCUGCUGUCUUGAAGGAAUGGUUAAGUGAAGCCCCUUAUAAUGUUUGGGAAGCCAACAACAAGCAAUUCAUACAGCAAGGUCUCUUUUCUGACAGUAGAGUAUUGGAUAUAAGAGGAGUUGAAAUUGUCACCUGUAAAAGUUUACAGCCAAAUGAUGUACCAGUAGUUGUUGUCAGCUGUAGGGCACAAGAAAUUCACCUUUAUAGAAAAGCCAAAACCGGGGAAAUUGCUGCCGGUACCGAAGACCACAUUCAAUUGAGUACAUAUGCCAUGGUUUUGACCAGAAUCCCAGAAGAGUUUGAUAACAAGACCACUGAAGGUUGGAAGAUUGUUGAAUUUGCCCGUGGUGGCUCUAGACCUUUCCAUUAG